UACGAGCGAGGCGGAGGCUAGUUUACGAGCGAGUCGCGGCCGAAGACGAUCGACACGCCGUUAAGGCCCGUUCCGAAAGGGUAUGACGUCUGAAGAGCGGCGGGGUCUCCUCCCUAAGAAGGAGGAGGAUGAGGACGACAGCUCGACCGAGAGUUCUCAGGUGGUAUUCAACGGCGGUGGUCAAUCUGGGAGUUUCGCACUUACUAACCCCGACCCUCACUACUACAGCCGCGGUCCCCUUCACGUUCCACUACUUGUCCAAUUAUCAAUUUCACUCGGACUGUUCAAAUACGUUCCAAAGCCAAUCUUUUUCAAGGUGUUGGUGUACAUCCUUACAUUCAUUGGUUAUGCAACUUAUCACAUGUCUCGGAAACCGUUCAGCGUUGUAAAGGUUGUACUGAAUCCACCAAAUGACUCUAGCAAUGGAUGGCCUCCAUUCAAUACCGAUGAUGGAAAGACUCUGCUUGGCGGCGUGGACAAUGCGUGGGGUUUCUCUUACGCCUUUGCCAUGUUCUUCAGUGGGAUAAUAGCAGACAGAGUGAACCUACGCUAUUUUCUGACAAUGGGCAUGCUCGGUAGUGCCAUAGCUACAAUGCUGUUGGGCGUUCCUUACUAUGCCGGCAUACACCUAUAUGCCUACUUCAUACUGGUGCAGAUAUUUGGAGGAGUAAUGCAGUCCACAGGCUGGCCCAGUGUGGUUUCCAUUAUGAGUCACUGGUUUGGAAAACAAAGACGAGGUCUGCUGAUGGGGAUCUGGAAUGCCCACACCUCUGUUGGUAACAUAGUGGGCACCAUUGUCCCCUCCUUCUGGGCCAACCCCACGCACUCCGACCCCAACCCUGCCUGGGGCCUCAGUUUCAUCGUCCCCUCUCUCAUUAUGGCAGUGGCGGCCAUGCUUGUCUUUACUCUCCUGGUCGUCGAUCCUCAACAUGUUGGCCUGAGUCCACCAGUCCAUACUCUGGAAUCCACUAAGUUCUCGGAUACAGAGACCAAUGCUUCAGACGAAAGGAAGGCAGUGGUUGGGGUUAAUGGUGGGAGUAGCUCUACCAACAGUGGCGUACCCCAAACCAGUCCCUCUCCAGUACAAGCUAUUGGGUUCUUCAGAGCCCUAAUGAUACCAGGAGUAAUAGAGUAUUCACUGGCCCUGUUCUUCAAUAAGCUCGUGAGCUACACCUUUCUCUUCUGGCUACCCUAUUACGUCAAGACAAGUGAUGAAGAUUUGAGCAACAAGCAGUCGGACUGGCUGUCAACUCUCUUUGAUGUUGGAGGAAUAAUUGGUGGUAUUGCAACUGGUCUUCUGUCGGACUGUCCUCAAUGCCAGAGCCCUGUCCUGUGUCGUCAGUCUCAUCCUUGCAGUACCGAGUUUGUUCCUACUGCGAUUCAUUGGUGACGCUCACAUAGCAGUGUACAUUGUUCUCCUGAUUCUGUGUGGAAUAUUUAUCAACGGUCCGUAUGCCAUCAUUACCACUGCAGUAUCCAGCGACCUGGGAACUCAUAAGUCUAUCAAGAACAAUCAGAAUGCUAAGGCGACGGUGACUGCCAUAAUCGAUGGGACGGGCUCAAUCGGAGCAGCCCUGGGCCCUCUGUUGGUCGGAUGGCUCAGUGGCACCAGGCUUCAUUGGGAUGGAGUAUUCUAUGCCCUCAUGAUCUCCUGCUUCUUGUCAGCAGUGGUGAGUAUAUAGCUACCUGUCUGCUCUAACCUCCCUUACAGUGCCACUACGCCUGCCUGUGCACGUGUUCAGUGAGGAUUGCUGUGUUGCGUGUGUGUCUGUGUCUACUCUUAUAUUGUUGUUUGGUGUGCAGUUCAUGUUGCGGCUCCUGGUGACUGACGUACUGGACUUUCAGAGGAGGCCCCACCAGCAGCAGAGCCGGUGUUUCCCCAUGUCCUGCAGGAAUUGAUACAUGUCAUCCCCCCCCCUCUUAUAAGACCAUGUCACUUAUGUGUUUGGUGCUACUAUGCACUGUAUUUAUGCUGUAUCAGUUUUGUUACUAUAACACUGUUUUACAAAAAAAAGAAACAAGCACACUCAAUUGGGUUUCUUUUCCGUGGCUGCUGUAGAUUCAGGAAGAAGAGUUUUGAUUGUUGGGUGUUGCCAUGUCUGCAGUGCCCAGGAAGUAAGCUGGGGAUUGGCAUUGCACACCACCUCGUACACCACUUGCUCUCUGUCACUGUCGACCUCGUACAGUAGCAGUUCGAUGAAUUUCUUGGUCGGGACAAACACACCGUUGCGGAGGUACUGGAGGAACACAGUGUCCGAGAGACAGAUGAAUCCGAGAGAGGCAAAGAGAGUGUGGAAACCAGAUGGUGUGGGGAAGCAAACCUCUUGAAGUGCUAGGUGGUAGGCUUCCAGGCGUUCGAACAGGAUCUCCUCCAUUGUUGUGGGCUGGUUGUAGAGAGAGCGACAAAGUGGGUUUGAAUCGGCAUUGAAACCCAGUGACUCCCAAAUCAGACGAAGGAGCAAGCACGACUGCUUCUCCAGCUCAGACACGUAGAAACGCACAUUUGUAGCGACCGUGUUCUUUGAACGAGAUUGAAGACCGGCACUCAUGAACUUUGUCAUGACUCCCACCAGAAUUUCCUUCUCCUCUGUUAGGAGCUGUGUCUGUUCCUCAUCGGGCUCAAGGAAAGGCAGAGUGUCUUGUUGGCCACCAUCAGUUUGCUCACGGGAGCCACGUUGUUGGAAACUCGACCGAGUGAACUGGCUGAGUCGGUCCAGGAGAGUCCCACGGGACGAGUCACCCACCGUUUCAGAUUUUC